CGUCUUCAUUAAAAUAUCAGUUACUACAGAUCACACGAACUCUCGAUGUCUUUGAAAAUAAAAUACAAAGAGAGGUGAAAGACUAGUGUCAUUGAGAUACCAUCAACGAAAGUUACAACUGGAUGGUGGGAGUCGCCAUGGAUUUAUCUGGUUCCGAUAAUAGCUCAGACUCCAUUGGAAGUCCUAGUGGAUCUUUCGAGAAACUUUGGGGGACAGAAUCGGCUCUGAUGAGAGGACUAAAAGAUGGUUCACUAGCUGGUUUGACCGAUCUAGUCCAUGACAAAGAUGUGGCAGCUAAGGCAGUGGCAUUUGUUGUCAACAGCAGCAGGAGAGGAAUAGUUCCUUUGUGUGCUGAUGUGGCUGCUAUUUUGAGAAAUAAACUCAAGUUAGAGCGGACGAUCGAGAAGCAGCGUGCGGAAAUCCAGAGACUGAAAAAGAGCGGGGCAAGUCUUAGCGGCAGGACAAGUAGGUCUACUAGCCCCACCCAUCCUCACAUAGAUAUGCAGAUGUUGUCAAGGCAAUCUAGUGCUAGAUUAAAGAAACCUGCUGAGUCGCCCCUGCUGAGUUCCCCAUGUAGCCCAUGUUCCUCGCCCCGCUCCCCAUCGCCACCCCUCCCCAACUCCUUGGAGCUCUCCAGUGCUUCAUGUGGAUCUUUGGCAGAUGUCCCAUCGAUGCCCCACCCUCAAGAGUCUCCAGUAGAGGAUGGGGAGCCCCACCCGAUAUCAUCAUCAUCAUCAACUCUCUUGCCCAACCAACGUCUUGUGCUGGCUGAAGUUCAUAGAGUGCCAAGUGUUACCAGCAUACAGAGUGAUGUCCAUUCACACGCCUCAACAUUAGAAAGGAGGUCAAUUGAGACUCGGAGUUUACCUUCAGAAGUGCCAGAAGGUGAUAUGUGUCUUCAGCAGCAGUACCAAGAAGCUUGCCAAGCGAGGGAAGCUCUUGAGAAUGAACUCCUGAGAGUCAGAGCCGAGCUGGAAGAGGUCAGACUGGGGUCGAAAGUGAAAGAAUGGUCACCGGGAGACAAAGAGACGGGAGGAGUUUGUGGAUUUCAGAUUGAAAAUGAGAUGUCUCCAACCCCAUUACUGAAGAGAAGUCGGAGCCACAGCAUCCAAGGGAUUUCAGAAGUACCCCACCCACCCUUAUCACCAACACAUGAUAAACAGAAUGACGGACUUCCACCUAUAGCAAGCCCCAGACAGGUCAGUCCUAGGAAUCCAGACCCAACUAGUCCUAUCAAUAGAGGAGAUGGGAUCAGCAGCACAAGAACCAACAAAACGGAGAACAACCAGAACAACCUGACUGUGAGACUUGAAGACCAUGUGUUGAUUAAAGGAGAGAGGACUGGCUUUGUCAGGUUUAUUGGCCACCUAGAAAAGAGUUCAGUACCAAAUACUGUAUUUGUUGGACUUCAUCUAGAUGCUCCAGUUGGGAAGCAUGAUGGGAUGGUCCAUGGUGUAAGAUAUUUCUGGUGCCCAAGAAAUCAUGGGAUCUUCGUUCCUGUCAAUGAUAUCUUAGCAGUGAUCAACAGAAAGCCACUCAAAAGGACAAAGACUGCAGAUACGAAGCGUAAAGGCUCUUCCCGUGGGGGUGUUGGAGCAGGGGUGUUUCCUACCAGUGGGUACGAUAGAGGGGAGAUGAAGAAAACAAGACCCGGUCACGCUCGGAGGCUAAUAUCAGCAGACAGUUCAAUGCUGCCCUCAACUCAUAAAAACAGGGACCAUACUCUAUCAACUUCAUGACAGUGUCUUUCACCAGAGGAAUAUUGACUCCUCUCUACACAGUCUCUUCAUUUUACAACUAACAUCCGUUCCCAUGGUAACAUGUCAACCACUGUUUUCCAUAGCAUCGUUUCAGGAGUUUUCCAAUGCCCUCCAUUUCUGUCAAGUAGAGAAAGAAUAGAAAUCAAAAGUAGAACACAGGCAUACAAUUUUGACCCCCAGUUCAGUGUUUGCAGAGAGUCUGUUUCAACCAUCAUGGCGUGUAGGCUGCACCCACCGACUUUGCAAGAUUCUCUCUUCCACAAAUACUGCAGGCGUUACAUCGGCUAUCACGGUACAGAAAGGGUGAGGUGAAUCAGAAAGCAGGUACUCUGUCAAUCAUUCAUCAUUUAUGGAAUGCUUGACUUUUGCAAAGUCUACCUUAUAUUAAACGGGACGCUGGUGUCACUUUAUGAACAAAAAAUGAUACAAUUUUUAAAACUGAAUAUUGAAAAGGAAGAAAUUGCGCAUUUUUACAAUAUUCUCUCUUCAAAAAAUAGUUUUUGCGCAUAUAAUGCAAGAGUACUUAACAUCUGAAAUUUUUAUACUUUCUUGAGUCUUUCGAACCUUCAGCUUUUUGUGAAUAUAUAUCUGUAAAUAUAUGAACCUUUUAUGUACACCUGUAUAUGAAGUUUAGCCUCCACAAUAGUGAAUCGAAAAAUCACAUAGUGAUUGAUUUUCACGAUUCGUUUUCAUUAUUUCUUCAAUUUUCAAAAUUGAAAAGGAUAUCUUAUAUUCAUAUCUGUAGGGUAACUGCAUAUUUUGAUGAGUUUGGAUAGCUUAAAGCAGAAUUUAUUCUUCUUAAGGAAGUGAAAUUGUAGGAAGAUGGAUGAGUAUGAAAUUGACUUGUCAGGGAUAAAAACAAUCAAUUGCUAUUGUUAUUGUUAGCACUUGCAUAAUCUUAAUUCAAUAUUAGGGCAGAAUGUUUGAGAAGUAUCUUUCUUUUUUAUGUCAAUAUCUUGGAAACUUUUUUUUUUCAAUUUUCUACACAACAGACUGAAUGUGCAUGUACUUUUCUUCUUUGUUUUGAAAUUUUUCUAUUUCUGUCAAUGGUAUUUUUUUCAUAAAUAUAGGGCAUGUUUCAUGAUCUUGACAAUAUCGUGUAACUUCUGUGCAAAUACUUUUACUUUCAAAAUCUAUUAAUCCCUUAUCUUACCUUUUUUUUAAUUCCUAGAACUUUUGACCUUCUGUAAUCAUUGCUUGGGAAGUACUAUGACAUUAAUAUUAUUCAGGGGACGUAGGUCAUACAGGUAGGGAGUAAUUUGUGCAUUUCCUAAGGAAGCAAAACUGAGAUCCAACAUGUAACAGAGUUUACAAAAAGGUUCCAAAAUGACAUUAGUAUGAUUAGUUCACCCAACAUCUAGUGCUGAUCCCUACCAUAAAACAACUUUAUUUCAAAUUUGGUACUGUGCUUAAGUAAAAAUUGGCCCAACACAACACCAAAAGAUCAACAUUGAAUUUUUGAUACCACCCAUUUUUGGGGUAGUAGAUUCUGAGGUCUGGUGGCCGUUUCACAGAGAAUUACCACUGUUGUAACUUUGCCAUUAUGGCCAUUGGCGGCGAAAGCCAAAAAUUUAGGGGGGUCCACCUGAAAUUUUUG